AUGGAGCCCGCGGAGCACCAGAGGCUGCAGCAGCAGGUAGACCAACUAACCACACUCGGCGCCCGGCUCCUGGAGGGACGAGCGGCCCAGGCCGACUUACCAGCUUCACCUCCCAGAGCUUCCGUCUCUAUACCCGUCGCGAUGCCAGAUAAGUACGACGGCAACACAGAUCACUGCCAAGCUUUCUUAAUGCAAUGCAGGCUUUACAUUGAGGAACACCCCGAGCACUUCACAGAGGAGACUGCCCGGCAAGCAUUUAAGGGGAUAUUCGAUCACCCCGCUGUUGGACGCAGCCUGGGGGAGAGACUGUUCGACAUAAAGCAGGGACCUCAAACUGUCGCAGAGUUCACUCUAGAAUUCCGGACCAUCGCAGCGGGGCUCCGCUGGCCGGAGGAUUGCCGCCACAUUAUAUACCAUCGUGCCCUGAACCUGGAAGUGCAGGACGAGCUGACGUCCUGUGGGUCCACACCGCCUUUUGAGGAGUUCAUUGGACUUUCUGUCAUGCUGGACAACAAACACAACUACAACGUGGGAGACAGAGAGCUGCUGACUAUCAAACUGGCGCUAGAAGACUGGAGGCACUGGCUCAAGGGGGCACACCACCCCUUUCAUGUGUUUACCGAUCAUCGGAAUCUCGACUACCUACAAGUUUUGCUGGGACUGCCACUGAAUGCACUGUCACUGUGGAUCAUUGUCUGCAGACACAGGCUCCGGGCGGCCAACACCGUCAUCAUGGCCAACCUGGCCGUCUCGGACCUUCUCCUGAUCCUCUCUCUGCCCCUACGCAUCGUCUUGCACAUCAAGCCCAGUAAGAUCUUGAUGAAGACCCCCUGCCAGCUGAUGACCUAUUUAUUCCGAGCCAACAUCCUGUCCAGCUCCUUCUUCAUCACCUUCAUCAGCGUGGACCGCAUGCUGGCUCUGGUCUACCCACUGCGCUCUCGGGUGGUUCGCUCUCCCAGGACAUCAGGGAUCGCUUGCGGUGCCGUGUGGUUGCUGGCAAUGACGUACAGCAUUUCUCAUGUAUUCAAGUGGGAAUCAUUCUAUACCUGCAUUCCUAUGAUUAACAGGUGUAACAUGGGUGAUUUUAACAAGACCAAAAGGGAUGAGUUCUCAACACCCUUUUUUGCGUUAAUCCUAUCGGUUUGCCUGCCUCUCAUGUUCAUUGUCAACGUGAUUUCCACAGCCAGAGUUGUGUGGAGCCUAAACAAUCGUCAGAUGGACCUGGCUGGGUACAGUGUGAAAAGGGUGAUGUUGAUUUCCCUUGUCAAUGUGCUGAUAUUUGCCCUCUUUUUGCCGUUCAUCGUCAUGUUGCUAUGGAAUCUUGGAAUGGAAUGCCCUUGA